ACAGAAAUAGCUCUUGAGAUCAACAGUCAACAGCUGUCGUUUCGAGAUGUCGUUUCGGGAUGGAUGCGUGGUGUUGACCCUCCUUAGUCAGCAGGGCAAUGACGCACCAUCGCAACUACCUUUGGAGGAGUGACGCCCCUCACUCCACCAUGCCUCGACCGACCGUCUCUCGCCUCCAGCGACCUUUCCACCUCAGGAGGCUCUCAGUCGGCCUUCCUCACCUCUAGCACCGUCGUUAUCCUCGAGAACGCUCGCUUUCUCUACAAACACCUCAUGACCGGGCCCCCAUCCAUCAAUGCGGAGCGCAGGCAGAGCAUCUGGAAGAGCGUUCACCACGACCUGAUCCAGCAUGCGCUCCCAGACUCUCGUUUCCACUUCGACUUCCUCUCGUUCACGCCCGACUUCCGCGAGUCGUCUGUCGCUACCGACCGCGUCGUAGAGCUCCCGUGCUACAAGGCAGCCAAGACCCUCCUCGUUACGCCAGACAACAGCCUCGAACGGCUGCGCCAUCGAGCUCUCAAAGAUGGGAAGAAGCUGCUCAUUGGAACGUACCGGCUUCGGAGAGGCUUCGUCCUGCUCAAUCCGGAGCGACUGAACGAGGAUGAGUUCGAAAGAGCGAGCUGGCUCGACGGAAUGGAGAGGCCCGGCAUUGGACGCCAUCUUUCGCUCGCUCAGAUGCAGAAAGAAGGCAUCAGUGUCGAUUUGUGCGUCAUCGGCGGCCUGGCCUUCAGCACAACAGGUGUGGUGGUUUGGGAAGGCAGUGGCUUGUUCGAAGUGCAGUUUGCAAUGCUGCAAGAUAUCAAGGCGCUAAAGGGAAUGACGCCCGUCGUCGCCGUCGCGCAUUCCUGCCAGGUCGUCGAUGAAGCCGAACAAGGCCUGGAAAGAAUCAAACCGGAAAAGCUGGGCGAAGUGCAAUGCGACUUCAUUGUCACUCCGGAAAGAGUCAUAGAGAUAGAAGGCGCCGUGAAGCCGGCCGCUCGCGUGCAAUUCGACGCGCUGGAUCCGACGGCGCUGGACAACAUCCCGCCUCUACAAGAGCUGAAGGGUAUACGCAUGAUGGACCAGAUUAUGCACGACGGCGCCUUCGGAGAAACCAACGGGAAAGGAAAAGAGAAAGAGCAAGCAACGGAGAAGACGCCGACCGCGGAGGAGCAGAUGGGCAUAAGCAUGGUCGAGAGAAUGAUGAAAGGAUUCAAGACAGUGUAGAACACACAGAGGCAGUGGCGGCUUCCGAGCAUACACCCGCGCACUUGGGGCACAUCAUGUCACUAUAUCCACGAUCCUUUUUCACGCCGGACCACGAAUUCAACCUCGUAGCGGAGGGGGACAUGUUGACAGGGAAAAAAAA